AUGGCUCCAACAACCCCUCCGAAGAAAUCCCCGUCAAAGCUACCCAGCCCUCCGGCCAACAAAGCAGAGUCCCCAAAAGAGGGAACAAAGGCGACUUCAUCAUCACCACCGGUCAAGGUCAAAACUGAAGACGACUCUGAGCGCGACUCAUUGUCUGCCGUUCCGCCCCCACCCAGCACCGCUGACCGGAGAACCUUCAAAGUAGAGGAGCAGACUGCCGCCGAAAUAGUGGUCGAUGUCAAAAACCUCAUCCCCAGUGAGAUUCCCGCAACCUUGGCAAAUGAACAGCACGAGUCUUUGAAAACCUUGUACUGCGAUACGUUAUUUACGGAUCUGACCAUCGCCUGCAAGGACCAAACAUUCAAUGUGCACAAGGUCGUCGUAUGCACGCAGUCAAGUGUCCUUCGACGCUAUGCCAUGGACACCGCCAAUUUUACAGAUGGGUUCCUGGUGAUGCGCAUCUCCCGAGCUGAUCUCAUGCAAGCGGCCAUCCAAUUCCUGUAUCUCAAGGUGUACGAGCUGCCUUCCCCAGCAACUGAGAAGAAAGUGUGGUCCACGAAGCCCAAGCACAGCGUGGCCGAAUUCCUCUUCAACUUGGAGCUCUAUGACUUGGCCGACAAACUGGAUCUGCCCAACCUCAAGACCAGCAUCGUCCAGCAACUCGCCAAGUGGAACACGUACAGGCGCAAGGUGGUCAACUUUCCCACGUUCCACAAGGCGAUCAACUUUAUUACGGACAACAUCAGCAACAAGAACGAUCCCAUCCACGACGCCGUUGCAAACGUGCUCGUCCGCAACAAGAAGGCUUUGCGGACGAAUGACAUGCUAGAGUGGCUGAAGGUGCGCCCGGAGAUGAUUCUGGAUCUCUUGACUCGCAUUUGA